GGAUAUAUUCAGGAACCAAUAACCAUGGCAACCAAUUCCAAGAUAGUACUGGAGAGCAUCUUCAGAUUAGAUCCUGGAGCUGAUCUAACACAGAAGCAACGAUCCGAGCUUUUUACAGCGAUGUCACCAAGAUGUCUGGUAGAAGCAUUCCGAGAUACUGAUUUCAUUAGGCUCGGAGACCAAUAUGCGGCCUUGAAAAUGGACUCACUGAAGGAAACCUUUCUCCUGCUCAAAGACAACAUCAAACUAUUAGAACAGGUGGCAGAAGUAAUCUUCCGGCACAUGAGUGACAUGCGUUCAGAAUUACGCAAGGAUGAAAUCGAACCCGAUCUUCUCCGAGUAGUUCCGAUCCUACUCGACUGUCCAGCCUUUGACAGGCCGGAUACAAAGUGGGGUGAUUGUAUCAUCAGAGAAAUGGCAGACAUCUUGACAUGGAUGUAUGAAGCAGCGAAGAGGAACUUCGAUGUGCUUGUUCGUUGGUGGGAUAAAGACUCGGAUCUUUUAGCCAGAGUGGUUAAGGUCUACGUACAGGCAUUCAGGGAUGUGCUGAAACGUUUUCUGGACAACACUGCGUCGAAACAUGAACCUAAUACAAAACCACUUAAUAUCAACUACUUAGCAGUAUUGGUACUCUUGAAACAGAUCAAUGAAUCGCUUGGGUACAAGGUUCCAAUAAAUCAGUUUUACAUCCUUCAACCAGGAGAUGAAGAAACAAACAGGAAGAUCGAGAAUCAUAUUCUUCAGCUUCAUCAACAGCAUUUGCAACUCUCUCUCCUGUUUAUUCAAGGUCCCUCUUCAUUAGCUCACAUGCCAUUUCUACUGGAUGUACCUCUGAAGUGGAAAAUGCUCUGUAUGGACUUUGAUAAUGAGCGUAUGAAAACCAGUUACUUACGUCUGGUACCACUAAAGCUUCGAUUCGAAAUUGACGACGACAAAGAGAAGGUUGUUGAAUCGGCUAUCUCGAAGGUUAAAGAUAAAGAUGAAACGUGUCUCAUGCUCCCGUUCGAAGUCCAUUUCAAGGAUAACGUGUCUUUGGGUGUAAAUGCUGGUGGCCCUAUGAAGGAAUUCUUUUCCCGACUGUUCGAAGAGCUGUUCAAUGUUGAGAAGCAUUCCAUCUUCAAGAAACUCAACGAUUCUCCUUCGUGUACGACAUUGUGGUUUAACAAGGAUUCUAAGGACCUGGACAAAUUGCGAUCAGUCGGGAAGCUGUUCGCUCUGAUGUUCUACAAUAAGGUCAUCGUCACGAUGCCGUUUCCUCUUCUUUUCUACAAGAAACUGCUUGGAAAAAGACCGAGAGUUUGCGAGACCGACAAUGCUUCUCCUGAUGUUUCAUUCACCCCAGGCUUCACAAGACAACAACACAUGAGGCCACGAGACCGUCAGUCGUCGGUCUCGUUGGGUGUCUGUUUACUGGGAUGCCUGGGUUUAUGGGCCUACACAGUCUCAAUAUUCUACAAAAAAGAAUAA